AUGCGCGUCCGUGUCCCCCCUCCCCACUCCCCGGAGAGUGUGGGCUGGGGUGUCUGGGCCCUGGAGGGGUCGGCGGGCGCGGCCCCCGUGGGGUCACAUGUGCUUCCUGGCAGCCGCAGGCCUGCUUGGCCUCAGGAGCAGCUGCUGGCCCAGGGUGCGGGCCGUGCCCUCUUUUCCCGCUGCUGCACGGGGCACGCGUGGGGCGCCGGGUCCUGGGCAGGGAGUGGGGCCCGGCUGCUGCAGUGGAUGGCUGAGUGGACUCGCGCCCGCUGGGGCUCGGCCGGCCCACCACCCCCAGUCUGGUUUGAAUUUCUGGAGCGGCGGAGGGUGACGGUGUGCUCCUCCCCGCCCCCGCCCCUCCUCUUCUGCUGGCUGGCGGGCCAGGCCCUCGGCCUCUGCUGCUACCGGUGCAGCUCAGGGAGCGACCGGGCCCACUGCCCAGGCCUGAGGCUGGCCAAGCUGCAGCCGCUGUCGAGCCCCGGGCCCGGCAGCUGA